UGUUAGAGGAAGAGCAAAAAAAAAAAAAAAAAAAAAGAAGGAUCGAAGAGGGACAGAAGCUGCGAUCAAACAAACAGCACAAAUAACUGGUCGGGAAUCGAGUUGGGGGUCAAAACUUCGAUUGCGGGCAAGUUAUUUGCAUGCUUUUAAUUCUCUGACACUGCAGUCAGUCUCUGCUCCCGAUCUGAGACGGAGAUGGCAACCGAGAAGACUGAGUACACUCCCGUGCAGGGGGGACACUCUCCACCAUCGCUCCCUGGGCAGCCAGCGUUUCCUAUCGGGUUUGACAACAUGAAUAUGCCGGACCAGAACACGUACGGAGGCCCCGCUGUGCCUGGUGGUUUCCCUGUUCCCAGUGGUCUACCUUUCCCUCCACCUACUGCCUUUGGACCGGGUGUUCCCGGAGCUUUUGGGAUGCCUAUGCACCCCCCAGGAUACGGUGAAAAACCCUCCUCUCCACCUUAUUUCCCACCAGACCAGGGCAAUGUUGGUAACUACAGUGAUGAUGUUUACCGCAGUGAGGAGGACCCACCCCCCUUUCAUGAGAACCAAGACUUUGAUUUUGGAUUAGAUAACAAGAGCAUAAGAAGAGCCUUUAUUCGAAAGGUGUUCUUGGUGUUGACGGCUCAGCUGAUGGUGACAUUUGCCUUUGUGGCUGUUUUCACCUUUGUGGACCAAGUCAAGGUGUUUGUCCAAGUGAACACCUGGACAUACCUGGUGUCCUACGGGAUAUUCUUUGUUUCCGUUUGCGUUAUCAGCUGCUGUGGAAAUGUACGCCGAAGACAUCCUUGGAACCUGGUUGCAUUAUCCGUUUUGACUCUGAGCAUGUCCUACAUGGUGGGAAUGAUCGCCAGCUUCCAUGACACUGAGUCUGUGGUGAUGGCUGUGGGCAUCACAGCAGUUGUGUGCUUCACAGUGGUCAUCUUCUCUCUGCAGACCAAGUGCGACUUCACUUCCUGCCAUGGUGUGCUCUUCGUCUGUUUAAUUGUCCUGAUCCUCUUCGGCCUCCUCUGCAUCAUCAUCCGUGACAGGAUCCUGCACAUCGUGUAUGCUGGGCUGGGAGCUUUACUCUUCACCUGCUUCUUGGCGGUGGACACACAGCUGCUGCUUGGCAACAAGGAACUGUCCCUUAGUCCAGAGGAAUACGUCUUCGCUGCUCUUAACCUGUACAUGGAUAUCGUCAACAUCUUCCUCUACAUUCUCGCCAUCAUUGGAAGGGCCAGGGGAAGCUAAACAGGAGGAACAAAAGAUUCAGCAUCAGAAGAAAACAUUUUUGAGUUUAUAGCUAGAAGUGAUUUUCCAUAAUCCUGAUUUCUAUCUUGUCUUGUAGUGUGAACUGACCACAUAGUUUAAAUCAUUUUUGUCUUCACUCUGUAAAUGUUCUUUUCUAUGGUAAUAUAAAUAUAUCUCUA